AGAUCAGUUUACCAUCCAUCGCAGUGGCUUACGUUUUCUCCAGAUGUUCAUCCCGAAGAGGCUCCAAAAAGGCUAUUUCUCUGCUUACCCUCUCCCUCUGGUGUUUGGUGGUGUUGCUAACGGGCAAGGUUUAAAUGAACUGGUCAUCUCAGAGUCAUGGAAAACACGGAGCCAAAACUCAAGCAGGCCCCCUAUUUUCGUUGUGAAAAGGGACCAAACUGGGUCCCUGUGUGCCAGAAGUGUGAAGCCUGUGUCUUAGCAUGGAAGAUCUUUGCCACCAAAGAGUGGUUCCGGAGGGUCAACGACAUAUCCCAGAGGAGAUUUCUAGUCAGCAUCUUGGGGCAGUUGAAUAGCCUGUACUUGUUACAGUAUUUCCAGAAUAUCCUAGAGACCACCCAGGGGAAGGACUUCAUCUACACCAGGUCUCGGACCAAACUCAAUAGGAAGGGGGGAAAAGAGGAGGAGGUUGUAAAGUCCUCCUUGAACCAGGUGUUGGAUAAAACGGUGGAGCAGAAGAUGAAGGAGAUCCUCAACUGGUUUGGCAACAGCACCCACCGGACUAAGGCAAAUUAUACUUUAUUGCUGCUGCAGAUGUGCGACUCAAACUUACUGCUCACUGCUGCCAAUGUGAUCAGAGUCCUGUUCAUGAAAGAGUGGAACAGUAUCUCAGGCCUCCAUGACGAAUCCCCCGAUGUGAUGUUCUACCCUGAGAAAAGCUACAGUGCUACACACGACACCUCAUAUGUCUCUUGGGCAGCUAGACCCAAACCUGUGUCGUUCCCUAUGUCCAGACAUUUAGGUAAUAAACUCAGGACUGAAAAUGUGGACAGAGAAACAACAGAGGGAAAAGGGAAGAGUUCACUCCAGUGGAUCUCUGAGAUGAAUAAAGAGAUUUUUGGAAAAGCGGGCACAUCCAGGCUGGGAGAUGACCCGUGCAACAUGUUGCUGAGCCUGGAUCAUGUCCAACUCCUGUCUUCUGGGUACAGCAGAUAUCGGGACUUUAUACGUGACCUGCCUCUCCACCUCUCCAAGUACAUUCUAAGAUUGCUGGAUAAGAACAGUCUGAACAAGUGUUACUUUGUAAGCCAGCACUGGGCUACUCUGGUCCAGCAGGUCAAGGUGGACCUGUCCAUGCACUCCUUCAUUCAGAAUCAGAUCACUCUCCUGCAGGGGUCCUACACGAGGGGAAUAGAUCCUAAUUAUGCCAACAAAGUCUCAAUCCCAGUUCCCAAAAUAGUAGAUGAUGGGAAGCGUUCACGGUCAAAAAAUCAGAAGUGGAAACUGAGAACAAAGAACGAUUACAACUUGUGGACUGCUUACCAGAACCAGGAAACUCAGCUGGUCCAAAUGGAGGAAAGGAAUGUUUUCUGUGGCACCUACAACAUCCGCAUUAUCUCCGACACGUUUGACCAAAACAGAAUCAUCCACUAUAAUGGGGGAGAUCUAAUGGCUGUAUCAUCCAAUCGGAAGAUCCACCUCCUGGACAUCAUGCAGAUCAAGGAGCUGCCCAUCGAGUUCCGAGGCCACGCCGGCAGCGUCAGGGCUCUCUUCCUGUCUGAGGAGGACAACAUUCUCCUGAGCGGGAGUUACGAUCUGAGCAUCAGGUACUGGGAUGUGAAAACUGGGGCUUGUGUACGAAUCUUUUACGGCCACCAGGGGACAAUCACUUGCCUGGAUCUAUAUAAGAACAGGCUUGUAUCUGGGGCAAAAGAUGGACAGGUAAAAGAAUGGGACAUAGAGACAGGGAAGUGCCUGAAGACCUUUAAACACAAAGAUCCCAUCUUGGCUGCCAGGAUCAGUGAGACCUACAUUGUGAGCAGCUGUGAGCGAGGCAUAGUCAAGGUGUGGCAUGUUGUCACAGCUCAGCUGCAAAAGACUCUGACUGGGCAUGAGGGAGCUGUGAAGUGCCUGUUCUUUAACCAAUGGCAUCUUGUCUCUGGAGGUGCUGAUGGUCUGGUCAUGGCCUGGAGCAUGGUGGGAAAGUAUGAGCGGUGCCUGAUGGCCUUCAAACAUCCUAAGGAGGUGCUGCAGGUGUCUCUCCUCUACCUCCGGGUCAUCAGUGCCUGUGGAGACGGCAAGAUCCGGAUUUACAACUUCCUCAAUGGGAAUUGUCUGAAGGUGAUAAAAGUUGAUGCCAGAGGUGACCCUGUGCUAUCCUUCUUUUAUCAGGGCAACAGGUGGGUGGUAGGUAGGAUGGUGGCCCACACGGACAGCAGCAUUCUCGUGUUCCAGUUUGAGAAUGUCAAGUGGCAGUACAGCUCUGACAAAAACAAAGCAAAGAAGAGUAAGGACAAAGAGGAGGAAAGGGACGAGGCCAGUCUUGGGGACGUGCAUUCCAAGUCUAGCAUUCAAGGGCACAGCCUGAAGGACUCUGUGUCUAGUAAACAGGAAUUCUCAAAGUCCCGGGUUCACCUGAAGCAAACCAAGAACCUAUCUUCAGAUGAUAUGGAAAAUUCUGUAGGCGAAGUCAGUCAUCCAUUGCAAAAGUUCUGGAAAGUCCCUAUGACACCUGACCGAUUCCUUCUGACUGUCAAUGCAUUGCAACAAGCCCACAAUUCUGAAGACUUUGCCUAUCCCCAUAGGCCCAGAACUCAAGUCAUUGAUGCCUGGGGGCCUUCAAUUCCAUAUCCGAGGAAAGUCCUAACUCUCAAAGGAAAAUCAGUUCAACACGCAGUCGAUCAGCUGCGAUCCACCAAUCUUCCUACAGAUGUGAAACAAACCAAUAUUCCCCUUGAAAUCCAGAAACUUCAGCCCAACUUGAAAAAGUCCUUGCACAGUCCCAGAGUCCAGGCCACUGUACCUCAGCCCAGUCUUAUCCGUCCCAAGGUCUCUGACAGCUUAAAGGCUGACGAGCACUUGACCAGUUCAAUUGAUGGGGCAACGCGCCGUGCAGGCCCCCUGACCAGCAUGCAGGUCAUUAAACCAAACCGAAUGCUCGCUCCUCGAGGCGGCACAGCCACCCUGUCUCUUAAGAAAGAACGGCCUCGUUUCUACACAACCCUUGAUCCUCUUAGAAUGAACACUGGGUUCAUGCUGUUGACUGUGAAGGAGGAAAAAGAAUUCGCAGAAGCCAAGAUGAAGGAAUACCAAGCCAGUGUAUCCACUAAAGAGGUCGACCCAGGAAAAGCCAGCAAAGCUGCAUGGAUUCGUAAGAUCAAAGGUCUGCCUAUUGAUAAUUUCAUGAAGGAAGGGAAAACAGCAGCCCCCGAACUUGGACAAAAUGUGUUUAUCUAAACCAGGCUUGGGAAAUUACAGCAGCAAUUACAGCAAACAGAAAACCAAGUGA